AUGCCACAAGAAGGGCGAUUCUUUCUUGAUCCUCAAAAGUUUUCCAUUCUUGCUGACCGUGUGAGAAGUUGGGCACCGGCUAUUUUGGCCCACUGCAAUGAUGAAGAUGAGAGCAGGGCUUUAAGAAUGGACAUUUUGGACACCAUUUCUUUUCUGGAGAGGGGUCAGCGCUGUUUGGAAACGAAAACAAGUGGACAUGUGCAGUACCCGAGCCAAACCUUGAUCAGCGCAGCCUGCCUUGGAAAUUUGCUUGGUUCCAAUGAACAUGUUUGCAAUGUGGUUCCAUUGUCUUUGCAAGUUGCUUUGCCAGGUGUUGACCUUUCAAAUCUGCUACGAAAUGCUUCAUUCCCAAAAGCUUCAACGAUUGGCCGUGCAGGGUCUGCUUUGGAUUUUGCAUUCUUGCUUGAGUGUCGAGAGAGGUGGUGCAAUGUACCGUGUCUUCAUUAUGCUUGGGCAGACUCAUCUCCUCAGUGUGGCAGGGAAUGGUUCAUGCUCAUGCAUACUUCUGUUUGCAUGGAUGCUGUGGUGAACGCUUGCAAUGCUGCAAACAUGUUGACAAGGUGUCGUCCUGACCUCAGUGAUCAUUUUGAGGCUGAGGAUGCAGAUGUGGAACAACAACCUCGUUUGCACACGGUCCUGCUGGAUGCCAUUCAUACCCACAAAUGCAUUCCGGUUGCUCUAGGUUCAGGGAAGGUUUCGGUGGAGGAUAAGACCUCAUGCCUUUUGCAUGCUAUGAGUUUGGAGUGCAGUAGCAGAGUAGGCUUGCGAUGUCACCUUGACAACGUUGUUUCUUGGACCACAGACUUAGGGGUAGAGGCACAGCUUCCACAGUUUCAAGCCAAGCACUUGGACUCAAUAUUGCCAACCUAUGUCCACCAAACUUUGGAGAGCGACCUUGCAGAUGAAGAUCAGGAGACAGUGGGUGAUGCUGAUGCUUUUCCCAUCAUGCCUAAGGCACUGCUGACACCUGGUGGGCUGCACAUUACUCACAAUGCCAGACAAGACCUGAGGACCAAAAUGUUGUGGUUUGACAAGUUUUGGGACCACCUGAAAGCUGUUGCAGCAUUGCUUGUGCCCCAGCAUCUACGCGAGCGGAUCAUUGCCCGCUUAGUUCGUGGGACUGCCUCUGCAGAACAUGAACACCUGUUUGCAUCCCUGUCUUUGCCAGCUCUGUAUGAAAAGCGCUGGCAGGUGGUUGCAAAAUUUUUGAAGAAUUUGUUGCCCCAUUUUCGCUUGUUGAAAAGGGUUUGGAACCUUCAAGAUUUUCUCAUUGACGGGAAGGAUGCAGAAGGUGAUGUUGGAGCUUCAUUCGAUGUAGCUCUGGCUGACCCGAUGUUUUGUAGCUAUGUUUUCAUGGUUGAUGGUGUGCAAAACAUUUUGCUCAACCUCGAGCGUUGGCUUGAGAAUUGUGCUUGCCACGAGCACUUGUUUACAACAUUGUCCAGCAAACGGCAGAGAAAGAAGAGGGGGCAGUUGUUUGGUGGUGCAGUCCGCUUUGUGGAUUGCCCCAUGAGAGGUAAGCGUGCCCCUGAGCUGGCAGCAGGCAAACUUGAAGAUACUAUUGCUGAACUUUCCACUGCUGCUUUGAAUCUGUUCUCUGAUCAAAUGGAUUUCCGGAUUACACCAGCUGACAGAGCAGUGCUGAUGCAAGAUUUUGAUUUUGCAAAGCAACAUUUGCAUGUUGUUCUCGUGGCGAAGUUUGGUUUUUGGCGGCAAAUUCCAUGGCGCUUGGCUGGCUUAAGCCACCACUGGCCAUCAGUGGCGCGGAGGAUUGCCCAAGAUUGCCUUGAAGAGUUUGAUGCUUCUAUGUCCAAGCCAGGAAUGACUUUAGAACAUCACCAUCCCUUGUCUGUGCGCUUCCUGUCAGAAACUGGGAUGCGUGAAGAUUUGCAACGUUUUGCAAAUGGUGGUUGUAUGACUGACCAGUUGAUGUUUGCUGUAGCUUCGCUGCGGUUUAUUCCUGUGGUGGAGCGAUGUGUGGAGGCACUUCAUCGUGAUGUGAAGGUUGCUGCAAAACACAUACGGCUGGGGCCCACCAAGGUGAGCUUGUCUUUUCGAAUGCGUGAGAUUUUGGAUCUUUCCAGUUUUGAGGAAGGGUUUCCAGCCCGACUGCAGCCUUGUUUUGAUUUGACGCGGCAGCCAAAGAAGGCUGCUGCAGCCUUGGGUUUGCUGAGCCAUCCAAUAUUUCUGCCGUUGCUGCGAGAUGGUUGUACCGAUGUUUGUGUGUGGCUGGCGGCUUUGGUUAGGGCUGUGCACAGGUGUGACUUGGAAACUCAAUUUUCUGACAUGCAUGAAGCACGGUCCACCCAUUUUCGAAAGCGGAAAGUCUUAGAAGCGGAGGCCGAGAAACUUCAUGACACCAAAUUAUCAGUUCCUAGAACAUACGAAGAUAUUUUCAAGCGUGCUAUAGUUGACCAUUUUCGUGCAAUGGCUGGUUCAGAUGUUUUCUUCACACUGCCUGUGCUGGUAGAUGACAGUGCUGGCUACGAAGUAGCACCAUUCUUAGGUCCUGCAGAGAAACGCUUGUGUCUGAGGGGUGCUGACGAAGAGCCUCUAGAAAUUGUUGAGAUGGCUGAAGGUGCUGACCAUGGAAGGGAAGAGUUGCAUUUCCGACUCUUGCAUGGUUUUCCUGCACGGAUGAAAUCCAUGUUGCGACCAGUUGCUAGCACGCCAGUUUUUGCCAAAGAUGCAGUUAUGAUUGCUGUGCACAAAUGCGUUUACAAUGCUGAAGGAUUGCCAAACAUCAGACAAAGUGAUUUGGUUGAAUGCGUCACUCAUUUGCUGAAUGCCCGCGCUCUUCCAGGCCUUGUUUGCAGGAGCGGGCAAUCAGAUCGGAUAUUGAUGUCCGAGUGUGCUUUGCCACAGGUUCGUGUCAUGUGCCCUCUCCACGAACCGAAGCAAGUUUGCAGCCUUCGUAACAGUGAUAUUUCUCAAUAUGACCUCAUGGAAUUGAUUCUUGCCCUGGAGCAAAAUGGAUGGUCUUGGAAAAAAAUGCCUUCAAAGAAAAAUGCCCGUGAAGCGUUGUGUCAUGAGCCUGGGAAGGAACUUGUUUGGUACAGCCAAUCCCACUCUGUUAGCAAAGCUUACUUGCAGUGCUUGCUUUUGUCGGAUGAUUUGUUUGAGAAAGGUUUGGCCCGCAUUCCCCACUGGGUUGAAAAGCCUGGUGAGAUUUACCCUGCCCUUUUGAAAGGGGAGGGACCACAACCUGGCCGUGCAGUGCCGAUGCCAGCAUUGGAACCCGACAUUCCGGUUGAAGCGCUUCAAGAUGUUGCAGUGGCUGAGCCUGGGCAAGCCGUAGCUCACCUCUCAUUGCAGGAAUUUUCCAAAUGUGUUCGUGCAUUGAAGAUGUGGUGCAACAGCAUGGCGGGUCAAACUCUUCUCACUCAGCUGAUGCCAUUGGUGCUGGAGACGGUGCAGAAAGCUCCGCUCAGGCUGUCGUGCCUCUUGAUGGCUUCUUUCGCUCCUGACAUAGACGAUGAGGACGUUUCUAUAUCAGACCAACAGGACACACCACAGAAAGGGACAAGCGGAAAGGAACCUGAUUCAGCAGAGUCUAAGUUUAAGGGGCGACACAAAGUUGAGACUACCAAGAAGGGUGCCAAGACUUGCAGAGCUUGCCAGAAGAGCCGACCUUUGUCUGAUUUUGCAUUGAACCAGACUGUGGACAAAGACUGCAAGAAGGCUUUAGAUGUGAUUUCCAAGAAGGCACGUCAACAAGGUAAGGUUGAAUGGUUCAAGAAUGUCAAGGCUGACCCGAAGAAGUUGAGAAGUCUCGUCACCAGCUACCGUCAGGCUUCUCAAGAGGCUGAGAAAGCUGGGCAGAAGAAGUCCACUUGGAAUCUUGCUGAGUAUAUAGAGGAGGUGCGUGCCAGCACUGAAACUGUUGGCACCUCUCGUGGCAAAAUGAUGUGGCAGGAUCAAGCCAUUGAGUUCUGGCGCAGCACAGAUGGAGGGGCCCUCACCAAGCAAGAGGCAGCAAGCAAGUGGGAUGAGCUUGUUGCUACGUAUGAAGCCUUGGGCAUCCCCCAUGAUCACAAGGGCCCUGCGAAAGCAAGCUUGAGGCUACGAAUCCACACAGAGGAUUUGGUGGAUGACGUCAAAAGAGUUGCAAAGGAGAAGAAGGUUGUCAUGCAUGGACAGCAAACAAAGAAGGCGACUGCAGAGGAUGUGGAGAAAAUGUCCAAGUCCCUCAUGGUGAACCAUGACAAGAUUCAAGGCGGAGUUUCAGAGUCGGAGGCUGCCAGGUCUUUUGUCAGCUCCGACAACAUGGAUGGAAUCAGCAUUACCCUCAACGAUGUGUCGUUGCUUGUGCCUGAUGAAGAUGCGCAAGACGAAGCGGAGGAAGACGCUGAAGAGAAAGAUGAGGAAGGGGAGGAGGAUACCACAGAGAAGAAGUCCAAAAAAAAAUGGUUUGACCGAGACAGAGAAGUCAACAAGGCGCAGAGACAGAUGAGCACUGCGCUGUCACAGGUCCAGACCAAGGCCUCAGCUGUGAAAGAGCAGCUUGAGAAAGUUUUGGCUGAAGUUGCAGCCUUGCCCACGAACCAGCAAGAGUCUUUGAAGGGAGAAGAGGUGAUUGUGCAAGCCAGGCUGGAAUGUUUGCAGAAGCUGUACGGCAGUGAAGAGGCCUUGCAGACCCACAUCAGAAGCAUUGCGUCCAAAGCUUUGUCGUCUGCCCGCAGCAGCACUGGUACUGCAGCAGACCCCAGCAUCUGUUUGGGUUUAGCUGCCCCAUGCCAGAGCUACCAGAAGUUGAUCACGUUUGAAGCUUGCAAGAGCACUGCUGGCCGGGUUCUGGAUUGUUCAGAUCUUGAAGGCAUAGAGAGAGUCAAGAAAGAGGCGGCAGAUGCAAGAUCCCCGAUUGUUGAGUUGGUUUCUGCGUGCAAGUCUGCCACAGGGGAUAUCACCAAGGCAUUGAAGUUGGUGCGCGAUGGGCCAAAAAAGGCCAAGGCUGCUGCGAAGAAUGCUGCACACAGAAGUGUGACUUCCCUUACACCCUCAGAUGUUUUCAAGCACUCUGAAUCCAGUCAAAAAGUGCAGGUCGUGGAGCAGAUUGAAGAAGACCCUGUGAAGGAGGAGGCUUUCAACCCUGAUGUUCCAGUGAUGUUUGCAUGCAAGGCUGAUGAGCAUGCAUCUUUUGAGAAAGAGGACUGCGUGAAGCGCUUCAUGUUCACCGACUUCUUAACAGUGUUUUCGUCUCAGGGCCCAGCGCAAAAGUGCGACCGGGCGCAUCGUCGUUUCCCAGCCGGAAGUGACAUUGCUGAUGUUGUGUCCAAGCGCCUUCGUUAUAUCUGCUCGGCGGCAUGUCCCACACCGGACGAACUUCAGAACAAUGAGUCUUUGACUCAGAGUUUGGAAGCCAUGGCUGUGAUCAUCGGCAAGAACACUGUAACUUGCAGCCCCGAGAAGAGCCAUGCAGGAUCACUUCGUCUUGGUCUUCAAGGAACCCGAGAAGUCAUUUUGGUGCGUGAAAAGCUUUUGUAUGAUGUGUUGGGCCAGCCAACACUCAAGGCCGCAAAGCAGGCACUGCUUGGAAUGGAUGAUGCUCUAGCUGCCAAGCUCAAGCUCUAUUCCUGCACUUUGGGCAAGGGCCAAGCUCUCUACACUCCGCCUGGAUGGAUCUUUGUGGAAAGGGUCAUGUCGGAAAUGCACUGGGUGGGCUUCAGAGCUGGAUGUUGCAUCACAUCUUUGCAGAUCUCAAGUGAUUUGAAAUGGCUUUCCCAAAGCUGGGCCAUGGAUGACCCAGUAAUCCUUAGCUUUCUGAAGGUUACCGAUGAAGUCCUUCACUCAGCGCCUGUGACUCCUGCUGUCCAAAGAAGAGCCCCUCUGGAAGUGAAAUCAGACAUGGCGGAUGCGGCAGAAGCAGGAAUUGAGGCUGCAAGGAUGGCGGAAGAUGAGGCAAAGAAGAAAGACGAGGCUCAGAGGUUGCAAGAGGAGGCCGAUCGGGGAGCGAAGGAGGUUGAGGAAGCUCAGAGGUUGCAAGAUGAGGCUGAUCGCCAGGCAAAGGAGGCUGAGGAAGCUCGGAGGUUGCAAGAGGAGGCCGAUCGCAAAGCGAAGGAGGCUGAGGAAGCUCAGAGGUUGCAAGAUGAGGCUGACAGAAAGGUGAAGGAGGCUGAGGCAGCUCAGAGGUUGCAAGAGGAGGCUGAUCGUCAGGCAAAGGAGGCUGAAGAAGCUCAGAGGUUGCAAGAUGAGGCUGAUCGCCAGGCAAAGGAGGCUGAGAAAGCUCGGAGGUUGCAAGAGGAGGCCGAUCGCAAAGCGAAGGAGGCUGAAGAAGCUCAAAGGUUGCAAGAGGAGGCCGAUCGCAAAGCGAAGGAGGCUGAAGAAGAUCAAAGGUUGCAAAAGGAGGCCGAUCGCAAAGCGAAGGAGGCUGAGGCAGCUCAGAGGUUGCAAGAGGAGGCCGAUCGCAAAGCGAAGGAGGCUGAGUGCAAAGUCAAGGAGGAGGAAAAAGCAAAGAAGCUGAAAGAAGAGGCUGAUCGCAAAGCGAAGCAGGCUGAAGCUGCUCGCAAAGCAAAGGAUUCUGAGACUCGACGGUUGGAGAAAGACAAGAAAGCAAAAAAGGAUACGAAAGAGGCUCAGAAGCCGAACGUCGCCGACGAUCCGGCAUCCAAGCGCCGCAGGACUAAGCUCCAGAAUCUCAGCACCAGCCAGAAAAAUAUCAAGCUCCACUUGACGACAGCUUACUCAGGUGUGGGAUUUGGUGAGGCUGCAGCCGCUAUGGUUGCAGAUGCGUUCAACAGGCUGUCCCUGUUCAAGGUUGAGGUUGUGCUCCACUCUCAAACGGAGAUUGAUUCCGCAUGCCAAGAGGUUUUGUCUGCCCCACAUGUGUUUGUGGAUUUGUGCCACCGCGUUGAUACGCAUGUUGUGGCCACGCUGAAAAAGAUGCAGGAGCAAAAGCGCAAACGUUUGCAGCAGGAUCCCAACUUGAGCAAAGGCACUUUGGGCCGAGAGUUUCUCAAAGAGGCAGCGGCUUACCUGAAUGGCUUAGAUUCCAGCGUUUUUUGCACUUUUGCGUGGUGUUGCAAGUGCAAUGCCUUUUGUGAGUGGGCGCCCCAAGUCGGACCAUCGCAGGAUGGCCUCAUUGAACUGUGGUUGGAGCUUGCAGGGAACACUUGUACCCCAUGGAGCGCUCGUGGAAAAGGUCUUGGAUAUUUAGAUGAGGCCAGCAUCCCAUCCUUCAUCUGGGCUUUUUCUUUGAAGAAGACUUCCCGUUCGCCAGAUGCGGUGGUGAAUGAAUGUACCCCGAGGUGGCCUGCCACCGAGUUCUUCAGUGAGGUUUUCGAUGAUGCUGUUGUGGAGACUGCAAACUUCAGCCCGACAGAUAUGGGAAUCCCGGUGAACAGACCUCGUGCAUACAGCAUUGUGACAUUGAACGAGUUGACCCAGAAGAAGCCUUAUCGCUUUGGGGUCGAGCUUUUGCAGAAGGUUGCAUUUUGCAAUCUGAUACUGAAGGGGUCUGUCUUCCUGACGGCGUCUGAGGAAGAAGUGGGUGAGUACAUGAAUGGUUUAGCCGAGCGCCGCUCUUUGCCGGAACGUGUGGAUGGAAGGCCUUAUCGCUGCCUGGCUGUGAUGGAUUUUGGCGACAGACAGCGGCUACAGCAAUAUGUUGAAAUGCUGCAGUCAAAGCACCCCAUUUCCUUCGAUUGGGACAUCAAUGUGGACUUGGCGCAGGCUCCGCCAUUUGGCUCAGCUCACACGGUCUUGCCAACAAUCAUUCGGAACAGCAAGCUGUACAACAUGAAAGAGAAAAGGUUUUUCUGCCAGGAGAACUGUUGA